AUGUGGCGCAGUUUCCGUCUGACCGUCCUGGUAACAAUAAUACUUCAACGAGGAAUACGUUACUGGUUUUUCAUGGACUACCACAAAACCCGGACAAUAAUCCACCACCGACCUGGACCAUGUAGAUAUCUGGAAGGCGCAGAUGGCGGUUCGGAAGACCUCACAGUAUUAGACAAUGGUUUAACCUUCAUCUCCUCGGGUUUAUGUUCUUGGGCUCGAAGUCGAAUUCUUCUUUUUGACUUUAACCGACUUGAAGAUCCAUCCUAUAUUAUCAGAGAGUUACCAAUUGUUAGUUCCACUCUAAAUUCGUCAAAAGUAUCUUUCCAUGGACUGAGUGUUUGGCAGGACGAUACAACAGGGGAGAUCACCCUGAUGGUAAUCAACCAUGCCGAAUUUGAAGACCACGUGGAAGUGUUUUGGUUCCGGAAGAAUUCUCUGUCAUUACUUCACGUCGACUCUAUCACAAGUCCAAAACUAACAGAUAUGAAUGAUUUGGUUAUGACCAGCAACAGAACUUUUUACAUCACCAAAUACAAGUCAUUUCGAGGCUAUCUCUGGCUGCAGCUGUUACUGAUGUCAACGGACGGUGAGAUACUGUACUACGAUGGCAUGGACUUCCGGAGUGUGGUACAGGGGCUACACUUACCCAACGGCAUCAACGUGUCACCAGACAAGAGACAUCUGUAUGUGUCGGAAUUCGGCAGGAAGCAGCUGAAAUCUUAUCGUAUUGUUCAUACUCAACUGAAACACGUAGAUGACUUGUACUUGAAUUCACUUCCAGACAAUAUAGAAAUAGACCUGGAAACGGGUGAUAUAUGGGCUGGGUGUCAUCCCGUUCAUUAUCAGCUGAUGGAGUGUAUCGAUGGCAGGUCUCAGAGCCGUGCACCUUCACAGAUCCUGAAGGUGAAGACAUCAGAGGGAAAGUUUACGGAGGCUGUGGAGGUGUUCAGAGAUUCUGGAUCUGAGUUAACCGGAUCUACUGUAGCCUCUGUCUAUCAGGGUAAAAUGAUAGUGGGCACUCUGGCGUAUCAACUAAUGGUGUGUGACCUUGUAUACACGGACUGA